AUGGUUCGCGUUGAGAAAAUCAAAACAAAGAAGGGAAAAAGAGUGCUGGUUGACAGAGCACCGAAAACUGUUGAAAACGACAAGAAGACGUUGUUUUGCCGUGGAACAAAAACGAAUGAAAUUAUCAACCAUGCCAUGAUGGAUCUUUAUGAUAUGAAGAAGCCGUUGACUACAAAAAUGGACAAACACAAUCCAUAUCACUUGUUCGAAGAUGAGACUCCAAUCGUUCGCGCCGGAGCUAAGUUUGACACGUCGAUGUUUGUUCUGGGUUGCAACUCGAAGAAAAAGCCAAACUGUUUGACGUUCGGAAGAACGUUCGAUGGACAGCUUCUCGACAUGGCGGAGCUUAGAAUCAUUGCUUAUCAAUCUGCAUCGAACUUCGAGGUUUUUCUCGAAGGCGCUGCUUUCGAAUCGGAUCCUGAUAUGAAACGAAUUGGAAACUUGAUGGUUGACUGGUUCCGUGGACCAAAAGUCGAUACUGUGCGCCUUGAAGGACUGGAAACUGUCAUUGUUUUCACUGCCAUCGAUGAGAAAACCAUUGCGCUUCGUGUCUACCGCCCAUUGCUCAAAAAAUCAGCCACUGCUACUCCUCGUGUCGAGCUGGCUGAAAUGGGACCAUCGCUCAAUUUGGAAGUUAUGCGUAAAAAGUUGGCCGAUGAUACUCUGUUCAAAUUGGCCUGCAAGAAGCCAAAGGCACUUAUGAAGAAGAGAAGAAAGAACAUGAGCGAAGACGUUUUCGGAAACCAACUGGCCAGAGUUCAUGUUGGAAAGCAGAGAACUGAUGAUAUUCAGACAAGAAAGGUGAAGGCCCUGAAAAAGACUCCGCUCGUUGAAGCAGCUCCAGGAGAAGAAGUCGCCAUGAAAGAAUAA